CGGGCAGGAGCCGCCGCCGGCGGGAGCGCAGCGGAGCUGGGCGGGCCGCGCCAUGCGGCUGUGCGGGGCGCUGCUCAAGAACCCCAUCCCCAAGCAGAUCGAGUACUACUCGCGCUUCUCCCCCUCGCCCCUCUCCAUCAAGCAGUUCCUCGACUUCGGCCGUGACAAUGCCUGCGAGAAGACCUCGUACAUGUUCCUGCGGAAGGAGCUUCCUGUGCGACUGGCAAACACCAUGAGGGAAGUCAAUCUGCUGCCUGACAAUUUACUCAACAGGCCUUCAGUUGGGCUGGUACAGAGCUGGUACAUGCAGAGUUUCCUUGAGCUUUUAGAAUAUGAAAAUAAAAGUCCUGAGGAUCCUCAUGUUCUGGAUGACUUUUUAGAUGUUUUAAUUAAAGUCAGGAACAGACACAAUGACGUGGUUCCAACCAUGGCACAAGGGGUGAUUGAGUACAAGGAAAAGUAUGGCUUUGAUCCAUUUGUUAGCAGUAACAUCCAGUAUUUCCUAGAUAGAUUCUACACCAACCGCAUCUCUUUCCGUAUGCUUAUUAACCAGCACACACUUCUGUUUGGUGGAGAUAUUAAUCCUGCUCAUCCCAAGCAUAUUGGAAGUAUUGAUCCUAAUUGUGAUGUGGCAGAGGUGGUUAAAGAUGCUUAUGAAACAGCUAAGAUGUUAUGUGAACAGUACUAUACAGUGGCACCUGAUCUGGAAGUUGAAGAAUUCAAUGCUAAAGCUCCAAACAAGCCUAUUCAAGUAGUCUAUGUACCUUCUCAUUUGUUUCAUAUGUUAUUUGAAUUAUUCAAGAAUUCAAUGAGAGCCACAGUGGAAUUGCAUGAAGGUAAGAAAGAAGCCUACCCAUCGAUCAAAACCUUAGUCACUUUGGGGAAAGAAGAUCUGUCUAUUAAGAUAAGUGACAAAGGUGGAGGUGUACCUCUAAGAAAAAUAGACAGAUUGUUUAACUACAUGUACUCAACAGCACCCAGGCCCAGUCUGGAGCCCUCGAGGGCUGUGCCUUUGGCUGGGUUUGGCUAUGGAUUGCCAAUUUCCCGUCUGUAUGCGAGGUACUUUCAAGGUGACCUUAAACUCUACUCAAUGGAGGGCGUGGGUACAGAUGCUGUUAUUUAUUUGAAGGCCCUUUCAAGUGAAUCAUUUGAAAGACUUCCUGUUUUUAAUAAGUCAGCAUGGCGGCACUACAAGACCACCCCUGAAGCAGAUGACUGGAGCAAUCCCAGCAGUGAACCAAGGGAUGCUUCUAAAUACAAAGCCAAUCGAUAAUUUGCCACCUUUUGUCUCUGUUGGAGAUGACCUCUGCAUUCAGUAUAAAGUCUCUGCUUUGUUCCAAAAUCCUUCAAACCACAGUAGCUAAUUACUUCCAAACAAAGACCUGAUCAGGGCAUUGAAAAAUACUAAGAACAAAGUGAUGGUUGGGACUUGCAGGAAGGCACUGAGCACGUUUGGUAUGUGAAUCCUGUGUACUUCACCAGAAUAUGCUUGGUUGCUUCAGUCGUGCAUUGACAAAAGGGAUUGCACUGUGAUUGCACUUAGGAACACAAUGUUGUAACAAAAAGAUACUAUUUGAAGUGGCCAAUUCUUAUCCCAAUGUAAGGAUUGGCAAGGUGUGCAGAACCCCUGAGUGGUGAAUAGUAUCUUGCACAGCAAUAUGGUGUAAGAGAAAAAUUCUGACGUAGUUCAACGUGUGCUUCAUGCAGCAUUUGUAUUGCACAGUGUCACCCCUAAGAGAAAAUCCCUUUGAGCUCUUCAGAUCUUAUCUCUAGUGAGUUUAUAAAUGCAUAGUUCUAAAAAGGGUUGUGCAGCUUUAAACUGAUGCUUUCUCCAAAUUCCCAAAGCCAUUUGUCAUGUGCAUACAAAAGUUGUGUUGUUAUAAGACGGUAGGACUUCCACUCCUUGGUAUGCAGCUUAAUGAUUUUCUUGACACAGAAAUGCAUUUCUAUGCAUUUUUCCUUGUUUUGAGGAAAGCUCCUAAGUAGUUAGAUCAUCUCUUCAUACAAGAAAUUCUGUCAAUACAGGGGCAGGGGGUAAUUCAAGUUCCUAUUUGCUUAUCAUUUUAGGGGAAUUGGGGAGGGGAGAGAAAUGCUGAGAGGCCAGACAGCCAGUCAUACAAAUGAAUUUGCCUUAAGAGUGUUGGUUGUUUGAAACCUGAUUAGUUUAAAACCUGUAAAUAGUUUGCAAAGUUAUUUAUACAUUCAAUGUCUGACUGCAGUCUGGUAAUCUGAAUUUGUAGUGUAUAUAAAGAUGUUGUACACCAGCCUUUGGAACAUGUUAUUGGUCUAAGUACAUGAAACUGGAAAUACAGGAGAAAUGGGAGGGACAAAAUGUGGCCAGUACCUGAUUUAAGUUAAAAAAUAUCAAAGAUGAAAAAAAUCCAAGAAUUUUUCCCUUAAAUUUAUCAUAAGGGUCAUUCCUUACUAUUAGAAAACUGUUCUUCACAAAGUCUUUGCCAAAUGCUGUUUCUGAUACUAUGGCCUUUCAGAAAAACCUGUGAAAUUUAGAAGCUCUGGUGAUACAUUAGCUGUGGCAAUAAAGAAGAUGAGUUGUAAGCAGCUCUGAUGCACCCUCAAUUUCUCUUAAGUGUUUUGAUAUUUUUUGGAAAGAUAAUAGAGAUUUUAGCAUGGAAAAAUGAAAUUUGUUUACUAAAAUUGUGGGGGAACUGUCCCUUUUGUCCUCCCAGUAUUUAUUUUUAUAAAGAACUGAUUUAUUAGGGAAAUGCUGAGAAAUUCCUAGGUAUUUUACAAAAAGAAAAAGAAUCUUAGUUUGACUUUACAAUAGUACUUUGCACUUCAUAGCACAUCUCAUUGAAGGAUUAUAAAGUGCUUUGAGCAAUAAACUCCAUAGAGCCCCACUUGUGAGCAGUUGAAGUUCUUGCCUUGCCUGUUGCAGUGAGUUGCAGACCUGUGUGCCAGGGCUGAGCUGCCAGGGCUGUUCCUCACACAGGGGUGGGAUCAGGCACUGGGGCUCUCCCCGUGCUCAGCUGGGCAGUGCUGCCCCCAGAGCCCCCCAGAGCACCCUCUGCCAGGGGCAGGAGGAGGAGGGGGCUGAUGGGGCUCUCCUGAUCCCACACUGGGCUUGCUGGGGCCUGGCCAGAGGAUCCUGGCAGGGCAUGGUGAGAGUGUGACACCUGUGGCCUCCAGAGCAGCACCUUGCAGGCACUGCUGCAGAGAAGGCAGCUGCCUAUUCAAGCAAUACAGCUGUGGUGAAACCAGGGCAAUGGUUUGACUGAAACUCUGGUUGCAAGUCACAUCUACUAAAAUUCAGUCAUUUCUCUUCUGCCCCCACCUGUAACUUCACACUGUUUUUUAAAUUAUUUCAAGUUGUGUCUGUUUCAUAGUAAUUGCAGAGGAGAUUUUACUUAAAGAUAGAAACCUGUGAUGAAACUAAUAUUUCCUCGGUUGCAUGUGGUCAUUUUCUUAUAGAGCAUUACCCAAAACAUUCCAAGGAAUGAGGUAGUCUACAUAAGAAACUCGAGUUUCAGCUUUUCGUAGAAAUUGCAUUUUGAAGUAUAAAUCCUGACCUGGUACUUGUUUUUGGCUGUCUCCUUCUACAUGAUGAGGAGAGGGAGCAGAAGGCAAAGGAAGGAUGCUGACACACUGGACUUGUUUCCAUGGUGGCCAUGGGAUGUAAACCAUGGAAACUGAAGAAAAGCUGAAGUUACUGAAGCUGAAGUGGACGGUGUUGUGCUGUGUGAGCGAUGUCACUCGAUCCACAAGAACAGCUGGCUGCCUGCAGGACUGGAGUGCUCCAGUACCUGAAAACUGAACUCCCCUGAAAUGGCGCCCAUUUCCAAGAACCCUGAGCUUGUACAAAUACCUCAGAACAGCUGGAGCACAAGGAAUUCAUUUUCUUUCCAUUUCCCAAGGUCUUUAUGGGGGCAUUACAAUGAAUACAAGAGAAUUUUUCUUCUCUCCAGCCCUGCCCAGGCAGCCUGUGCUUUAGUGGCAAUCCAGGUGUGCCAUCAGUUGUUCCCCACUCACUGUCCUUAGGCCAUGUUUCUACAAAGGGGUUUUAGUCUGAAAACUGUUUUAGGAAGCAGCAACAGCAGACCUUCAGUUAAGGGAGGGUUUUUCAAUAGCUGUGCCUGAAAAAUGACCAUGGGUAGGUUCUUAAAAUAGCUGGUUUAACUACAGAUACUGAUUUUUUUUUUCCAGUUACUUACACCUUUGAUUGGAAUCUCUUAUAAUAACUAUGUUUUAAUAUCUUGGGGCUGUUAAUUCCAAACUUUCUGAUGAUACACAGUUUUUAUGAAUUUCAGAGUUAUGGCCUGCUGAUGUCAUUGCAACCUGCUCGUCUUGACUUACAGGACACAGAAAUACAAAAAAGUUUUCAGUGAAAUUGUUCCUUACCUGUUGUGUUUAUGAUUAACAAACUAAACGAGAGAUGUUUGCUCCUUGAUUCUUCCUGAGAAUUUACAAACAAUUUCUGUAUGUCAUAGUGUAACAAAUAGUUUACUUUUUGUCCAUUGUGCAUUUUUCUGGUGUAUGUGUCUUGAAUGUAAUUUUAUUAAUCCUCUGCCUAGUUUAAUAUCAAUAGAAGUGUCUCCAAGUAAUGUACAUAUGCUCCCUGCUUUUCUAGGCUUUGUUUCAAGGCAAUAAGGGGUCUUUCAGAGAAAAAUUCAGAAGAUACCAAACUGCUUCUUUUGCAACUCAGGUGCAGUCUUUGCCUGUGUAAUUGAGUAUGAUGACCUAGGAGAGCACAGAGAAAUCUUUGUCCUGCUGCAGUCUGUGCUAUCUCCUGGGCAGUGUUCAAAGCAGGUCCAUUGGCACAUGCUUAAAGAACAUGGAUAUUAAUUAUAGUGUUCUUGGAAAACUCAGGCUACUUUUUGGCCAUGAAAGGCUGCAUUUACUGCUACAACUGGGUAGUAUUGGGUUUUUUUUGUCCUCAGAAGCAUUUGCUUUGAAAGAGCUGCUCCCUUUCUCCAAGAAGUGAGCAAGAGUGAUCUUUAGUGCAAAAGUGAUCUUUAGUGCAAUCUCCUGCUCACCUCCACCCAGACAUCCUAUUUAAGGUGAUACCUUGACCUCACUGACAUGGAAGAGGUUUCCUCCUUCCUCACCUUAUUAAUGGGUACCUCUGGAUCCUUGUGUGUGAGGUGCUGCAAACAUGGUCAAGAUUCAUGGAAAUAAUUCUGUAGAAAACAGCCUCACUGUUCAGUGUUAGUAUUUAUCUUGAGGAUAACAUCCCCAUUGUACAGUGGUCCCUUUCCUUGCUUGGUUCCAGGUUGCUGUGCUUUCUCUUCCUUGCUUCUUCCUGGCUUCACACCUGUCUAUGGAUUCACAUAUGUAAAUGUGUUUUUGCUGAAGUUGAGAGAAUAUGGUGGCACAUGACAGAACAAUGUGUUACUGACUUCAGAGGUUGAGUUUGUUCACAGAUGAGGAAUGUAGCUAUAAAUUGUGCAGUGACUUCAGGGCUGAGUCUUGCAAAUACUUGCACAAGUCAGCAGUGUAUGAGAGGGAUGCCACUCGAAUGUUCUCAGGAUCAGGACUCAGGUUGUUGAUAUCAAUUUGAAACAAUGAAGAUUUGUGUAAUUGAAGUGGCUUUCUAAUUAAAAAUAAAUAAGAAAAUUUAAA